AUGGCUAAAAAGCCUCAAGGAAAAAGAUCAAAGGCUCCAUCGCCUCCUGUUGCAGCUGGUCGUCGUAAAAGUUCGAGAGUAGUGGCGAAUGCAGAAGCUCCAGCUCCGAAAGUAGUUCGUCAGCCUUAUCGUGGAAGAGCUCGUGUAGAGCCACCAGCACCAAAACUAGCAGAACGUCGUCCUUCUGGUAGACCUUGUCGUGUUGCUGCACCAGAAGCGGCACAACCAGUGGAGGCAGCUCCAUCAGAAGGAAGUCGUCCGAACCGUCCUGGAAGACCACGUCGUGGUGCGGAGCCUGCUCCAAUUGCAGCGCCAGAGGAACCAGAAGAGAGAAGGCGUUCUAGAAGAGGACGUCGUGCUGUGGAUCCAGUACCACAGCCAGUAGCAGCUCAAGUUGCUGAGCCAGUGGAGGAACCGCCUCGAGAAGAAGUUGCAGUUCAAGCUGCUUUGCCAGUGCAGAUGGCUCCGCCAGCUGGAAACCGUGGUAGAAGACCCCAAAGAGUUGUGGAGGAGCCAGUCGAACUCGUCGAACUACCAGGAGUUGCUGGCGGAAACGAGCCACCUCGCGGUGACGAGUUAAUGAUUAUUGAUAUUGUGGACCCACCCGAUGUGAUCGAAAUCGAUGGCCCCGCUGGUGUACCACGACGAGAUGAUUUAGUGCAGCAAAGAAGAAAUCAAGAGAGAGCGUGGAGUGAAUCAUCCGAUUCAGACAUCGAAGUGAUUGCACACAUCAACCGCCGAAGACCAAGAAUGGUGAUUGAGUUGGACCAUGAGGAAGUUGGUGUUCCGGUCGCUCCAAUGGUAGUGGAGUUGGAGCCAAUCAAUGCCAUGUAUUCUACAUUCGGCCACAGAUCUUCACACGAAAAAGCACGUUCAGUUACAGAAACCAAAAGUGUCUUUUCGGAAAAAAUGGAGAGAGGUGCCAAUGAAGGACACGCCGAGCCACGCCCCCUUAGAAGACGUGAAGGACGGCCGGGACAACCUCGAGCAAUUGAUGGGAUGGCAAUGGACCUUGAAGAAGACAUCGAGAGGAUGGAAGCAGAGAUGGAAGCGGGUGCUGCUCGACUGGAAUUACGAAGGAAUCAGAUUCAAAUGUGGGCUAGAGACAUGGACAGAAUUCGGCGUCUUUUCCAGGCAGAAAUGCUUCGACUGCCAAGGCACGUGCCUCAAUUAGUGGAAAACGUGGUCGCUGAAGAGCCUGAUGAAGUGAACAAUGUUGAGGUGGAAGAAGCACGCCAACCAGAACCGGAUCUUGACCGGAGAGUAUUCGAUGACCCAGAAGAACGUGAGCGAAGUCCCUCCCCAAUCAGAGAAGCAGUGAUGCCACCAGGGGCAGUAAUGCCACCAGUGCCAGUGAGACCACCAGUGCCACCAGAAGUGGCCGAUCGUAUCAAUCUGAUUCUCCAACAAGCUCAAGCAGAAAUGGAAGAAGAUCGAAAUCGAAGACGACGAGUUCCCAUCCAAGAGGUUCAUAAUGCUGGGGUGAACGUUAAUGAAGAAAACCCGGAGCCACGUCUCCCAGAAAGACGUGAAGAACCACCAAGAGCAAUUGGGGGUAUGGCUCCUCGCAGACCUCUUCCACCUCUCCAUGAAUACCUCGAUAGGAUAGAGGCAGUGCUGGAAGCGGCUCAGGAUCCUUUGGUAUUACGAAUGAAUCAGAUUCGAAUGGGGAGAGACCGGCCUCUUUUCCAGGCAGAGAUCCUUCGACCCCCGAGGCAGGAGCUUCAAGAAGUGGAGAACGUGAUCGCUGAAGCCGCAGAACCUGAUGAAGUGAACAUUGAUUAUGAGGAAGAAGAACGUCAACAAACACCCCCACCACUAGCCAUCCCAAGGAAUAAUGACGAUGAGGAAGAAAGAAUAAGAAGACAAGAGCUGGUGAGGAGAAUUGAAGAAGAGAUAAGAGAAGAGCAACGUGGGGACGUCCGAGAGAAUCAACUUGCGCCAGAACCGGAUCUUGACCGGAGAGUUUUCGGUCAGCCAGAAGAACGUGAGCGAAGUCCCUCCCCAAUCAGAGAGGUAGUGAUGCCACCAGCGGCAUUGAGGCCACCAGCGGCAGUGAGGCGAAGACGACCAGAGCCACCAGAAGUGCUCGAACGUAUCAAUCUUCGGCUCCAACAAGCUGAAGCAGAACUACAAGAAAUCGUCCGAAAUCGAAGAGCGCGAGUUCCGAGGGUGAAUGUCAGACAACGAGAGCAGGAAAGGGGACUAGAAGAAGAAAGAAUUCUGCAUAACCCCGAGCCACAUCCCCCUGCAAGAGAUGAAGUACCACCAAGACUAGAUUACGUCCGAGCAAUUGGUGGUAUGGCUCCUCGUAGACCCCUUCAACCUCUCCCUGAAGACCUCGAAAGGAUAGAAGCAGAGGUGGAAGCGGCAGUGGAUCCUCUGGAAUUACGAAGGGAUCAGAUUCAAAUGUUGGCUAGAGGCCAGCCUCUUUUCCAGGCACAGAUGCUUCGACCGCCAAUGCAGGAACCAGCAGUAGUAGAAAACGUGGUCGCUGAAGCAGCAGAGCCGGAUGAGAUGAACAAUGAUGAGGUGCAAGAAGAACGUCAACAAACACCCCCACCACUAGCCAUCCCAAGGAAUGAUGACGAAGAGGACGAAAGAAGACGAGAGCUGAUGAGGAGAAUGAGAGAGCCACCACCAGAAGUGAUCGAUCGUAUCAAUCUGAUUCUCCAACAAGCUCGAGCAGACAUGGAAGAAGUUCGAAACGAGCGAGUUCCGAUCCAAGAGGGUCAUAACGCUGGUGUGAACGUCAAUGAAGAAAACCCGGAGCCACGUCCCCCAGAAAGACGUGAAAGAGGGCCAAUAGGAAUUGGUGGUAUGGCUCCUCGCAGACCCCCUCCACCUCUCCAUGAAGACCUCGAUAGGAUGGAAGCAGAGGUCGAAGCGAAUGAAGCGGUUAUACGAAGAAAUCAAGAAGAGGGGAUGUUUCAAAUGCGGGCUGGAGAAGACAGAGACAUGCCUGUUUUCCAAGCUGAAAUCCUUCGACCGCCGAGACAGGAGCCAGAAGUAUUGGAGAACGUGGUCGCUGAAGCAGAAGAGCCUGAUGAGAUGAACAAUGAUGAGGUGGAAGAAGAUUUCCAACGAAUCAUACCAAGGAAUGCUGCCGAAGCGGACGAAAUAAUAGAAGGGCUGAUGAGGAGAAUGGAAGAAGAGGAAAGAGAAGAACAACGUGUGCAAAUCCAAGAGAAUCAACUCGUUCCAGACCCAGAUGACGAAGAGGGAUGGGAGGAAGACUUUCCAAUCCCACCAGCCGAGAUUCGGCCGAUCCCACCACCAGAGUUGCCGGAGAACGAUCGUAUAAAUCUUCUGUUACAACAAGCACAAGAACAGAUGAUUCGUGCGCUUGACGAUCGUGAAGAGCGGAUCCAGCAAGAAGUUCAACAAUUCGCUCGAAAUCGAGGACCACGAGUUCCGAUUCAAGACAUUCACAACGCGAUGGUGAAUGCGAGACAACGAGAGCGAGAAAGGGAACUAGAAGAACAGAGACUUCUACAAUUAGAGGAUGUGAAUCCUGACGAAGGAGUGGAGGAUUUGAUUGAUGUGGUGCAGUUUUUAAGAGAAAAUGCAGACGUCGAACAGGAGCCACAUAGGAAUCGGUACAUUGUCAUAGGCAAUCAUCAACAGCCGGUCCUUUUCGAAGCAGACCGCUUGAGGACUAGGCAAAGGAAACUUCCAGAAAGCGAGGAGCUCCAUCUCCCAUACUCGGUGGACUCAGCCUGGUACCGUUGGAGUGAAUACGACGUUAUGGACUGGGCGUCGAAAUUCAUCCGAAGCAACGGGAACACCCAGCUCCUCAAAAACCUCGAGAUGGACGGUCUCAAGCUCAAGAGCUUUUUGUCGAAGCGGAACCAGUGGGCUCGCGUUGGAAUGCCCUAUGGAAUGUAUAUUCAGUUGAAAGGACAUUUUAAUAGAGUACUCAAUUAUGUUAGUGGUUUUAGUUAUCCAUAA